AUGGCAUGUCUAAGACGGUUUAUUUCUCGACGCGGAAGAUGCGCCGUAAUACACAGUGAUAAUGGAACCAAUUUUGUGGGAGCUCAAAGAGAACUCGCAUCAAUUAUCAAACAAGGGGGUCCUGCGAUGGCGAAGGAAGGAAUCGAAUGGCGAUUCAACCCACCAUCGGGACCACACUUCGGCGGGUUAUGGGAAGCGGCGGUGAAAAGUGCAAAGUAUCAUUUAAAACGCGUAAUGGGUGAAACAAAACUAACAUUAGCAGAAUUAAAUACACUAAUAUGUCAAGUUGAAGGGUGUCUUAACUCAAGACCAAUCACACCAAUAGGUAGUGACCCAGAUGAACCUGAAGCUCUGACACCUGCCCACUUCCUGGUUGGAGGACCUCUGAGCCUACCUCCGGAGCCCGAUAGACUCAGUGAAGCUCCAGGUGGAUUAAGACGUUGGAAACACGUGCAAUACCUCCUACAACUGUUCUGGCGAAGAUGGUACACAGAAUACCUGCCACAAUGUCAGGUGCGUGGCAAGUGGGUCAACAAAAAGCAACCAUUGAAGAUAAACGAUAUAGUCAUUAUUAAGGAAGAUAAUCUGCCACCGACAAAAUGGAAUUUAGGACGAAUAACGCAGGUCCACCCAGGAAGAGAUGGUGCAAUACGAGUUGUAACAGUCAGAACAGUAGCGGGUACGGAAAUCAAAAGACCCUCCGCAAAACUUUGUGCACUUCCUAGUGAGACCGACACAAUUAUCGUUGAAAAAUAG